AUGGACGAGAUUCUAAACAAUCUUCCUCAAACUGAAAAUGACAUUUCUAAACUGCUACGUGAAAUAAGGAUUAUAUCCGUAAAAUUUGAACAUAAAGAUAUCAUUUCAGACAUUACUUCUCUCGGCAGUUUGAUUUUGAAUGAGCAUCGGCAUUCUCCAUGCCCUAUUCCUGGAAUGAAGAUAGCAAAUUAUCAUACUGGAAAAAUCAGAGUCGCGUUAACAAUUGAUGUGACAAUAAAUGCUGUAAGUGGGAUAUUCUUUAAUAAUGAUGUCAUUUUGACACAUUUUUCUCAAAAAAAGAUCGUGUACUACGACAAAAGUGGACAGCAACAAGAACAGCUACAUAUUCCGCACUGUUUAACAGAUAUAGCCAAAGUGAAUGAUCAAACAGUCGCCGUGUCUUCACAUGAACAGAAGAUAGUGCUUAUUAACGUUAAACCGCUAACUAUCUUAAAGACGUUAAAUAUCAGCAAUCCUGUGUGGGGUAUUUCAUUCUGUGAAAAUGAAUUUGUUACUGCUUGUAGUAGUAAAUUAUCUUGGAUAAAUGCUGACAAUGGUACAUUAGUUAAAAGUCAAUCAACAACAGCAGACACUCAACAUGUUUAUUGUUACCAGAAAAAUGAUUACAUCUAUUGGGAGAGUGGACAUUCUAUUAAAAGGGAAAGCAAACAGGGAAACAGCUUUACGUAUACAAAUAGUCUGUUACAACGCCCGUUUUCCCAGGACGUUGAUAGUGACGGGAACAUUUAUACAACCGGAUAUGAUUCCAGAAACAUUCAUCAGUUGACAUCUAUUGGACAACUCGUACGAAUUAUUCCUAUAUCAGAUAUAGACAGUACCAUCACAGCUCCUCCAUGGGUAAUACGGUUCAAGCCAAACAGUAACAGAUUUCUACUGACAUUCAAUAGUGUUACAAAAGUCCUUGUGUGUGACAUCGAUUAG